AAAAAUUGUUGUUUGUAGGCAUAGAUUAGAGAGAGAAUGACAAAUUUGUUCCUCGUAGCUUCACUCCUCAUUUUACUUUUUCCACCAGGCCCUGAAAAUAAUGAAGAGCCCAUUCCCAAUGAUUUGCUAGAGGAGUACUUAGAUAUAAUUAAUGCUCAUCAUGCACAGAAUGCACAGAAUCAAGAUGACCAAGAAGAUGAAGAAGAAGAGAAGGAAGAUGCCGAUGAUAUUGAAUUGGAGAGAAUCAAAUUAAGCGAGAAGUUUUUUGAUGAGGAAAUUGACCGUGAUAUAAAACGGAUCUUGGCUGAACAUAGAGGGGAGAGAGAACAUAAACCAAUGGAGUGGUUUGAGGAGGAAAUUGAUCUUGAAAUCAAACGGUGCAUGGCUAUUGAUAGGGUUGAGUUUGAAGGAUCAAGUGAGAUCCAACGUCUAAGUGUUAUAGCUACAAAGCGGUUUGGAAAGGCUCUCGUAAUUGACGGACUUCUACAGACAACUGACUUGGAUGAAUUUAUUUUCCAUGAAAGCUUGGUUCAUCCUGCUCUUUUAAUACAUAAUGAACCCAAAAAUGUGUUCAUCUUGGGAGGAGGUAGAGGGUUUGCUGCAAAAGAAGUCCUUAAGCACAAGAGUGUUGAAAAAGUCAUUCAAUGUGAAAUUGAUAAGGAAGUUGUCAACUUGUAUCGUGAGCACAUGACCUCAAACUUUGAAGCAUUCACUAAAGAUGAACGGAUUCAAUAUAUUUUCAACGACGCCAAGGAAGAAUUGAGUAAGUAUGAAGGUCUGGUGGAUGUGAUUAUUGGGGAUCUUUGUGACCCAGAUGCAUUUAGUUUGUCAAUGAAUCUUUACACCAAAGAUUUCUAUGAGAGUGUGGUGAAGCAAAAGCUUAAGUCUGACGGCAUAUUUGUAACUCAAGCAGGUGCAGCUGGGAUUUUUACCCACAAAUAUGUGUUUGCUCCUAUUUACUAUACCUUGAAGCAAGUUUUUAAUCAUGUGGUUGGAUACACAGCUCACAUUCCAUCUUAUGGUGACUGUGUUGGGUUUAUCAUGGCUUCGAUGCAACCCAUCAACAUUGAUGCUGAGGAACUUGACAACAUGAUUGGAGAAAAAAUUGAGGAGGAGUUAAGGUAUCUUGAUGGGCAUGUCAUUGCAGCAUCCACUGUCCUCAACAAGUACUUGAAAAUCUCGUGA